GCCAGUUCUGAUUUUGUGUAAUAAAAUACAUCUUCUCUUUUGAGGACUUUUGAAUCUGUGAUCCACAGUCAGCAAACAUGUCUAAAAAAGCAGGGAAGAAAGGAGGUGGAAAACGUGCCGGGAUGACUGAGGAGGAGAGACUUCUGAACAUGCAGCAAAAGGCUCAAGCUGAGGAGGAUAUUGCCAAGAGAAGAGAGGACAUGCUCACCCACUUCCUCAAGGAUAAACUGCAGAAAGAGGAGAAGAAAACCUCUCGUAAUGUGGCCAAGCUGCGGCAGCAGUGGCGUGCUAUUUCAACACAGGCCGAGACAGCAGAGCUACGCGAUGACAUCUCAGUCCUCAGCCAGAGCUUUGAGAAAGUCCUCGACUGCAAAGACAAAAUCAUUAAGAGUUUGGUGGAUGAUCUGUCUGAGAGGGCGCAGCGGUCAGAGCUGGCGCGCAGUUCUCAUCUGCAGAACGUGGACUGUCUGUUAAAGCUUCAUAAGAGUCGGCUGGCAGAACUAGCGUCCAACUUCAACACCAGUGUCGGAGAACUUAGCUCAGAGUAUAAUACUGAGAGGGAGCAGAUUAUUUCACAGCACCAGCAGGAGAGUGUGGAUUUGGAGAAUGAAAUGUUUCACAUGGAAAAGCACUACGCUGAUCUUGACGAUGAGGCGAGACGUGACUACGAGGUUAAUGUCCAUCAAAUUAAACAGCAGAAUUUUGAAGAUAAACAGCUUGUGAAAACCGAGAAGAAAGGAGAAGUGGAUAAACUGUGGCGAGAUCAGCAAAGUCAAAGCCUGGCCCACUCCCACAUCAGUUCAAGAGACAAAAUGGUAACGUCUCUGGAUCUCAAGAAUAAACAGAGUGAAAAUGAGAUUGACGCACAUAAAAAGGAGAUUCAGAAGUUGCAGGAGGCCAUCACAGCUCAGCGCUGUCAGCUGAGCUCUAGUCAAAGCGAAGGAACAAAUCAGCAGCUUCGUUCAGACCGUGACAAGCUCGCCCAGGAAGUUCAACAUCGCAGAGUCCAGCUCGCUGCGGACCGAACCACUCGGAGGAAGCAGCUCACUAAACUUACCAUUCAAAGCAACAAUGCUGCUAAAAAACUACAGGAGACAAACGCUUUGGGGGAAAGGUUGAUGCGUCGCUCUGAGCUGUGCAGAAAGAUGGAGACGGAGCACGAGAAGGUUCUGCCCUUCUACAAAUCAUCAUUGAGUGAAGAAGAGCUGAGUCAGGAGAAAGCCAAUGCCAUGAAGUCGACGAAUGAGAAACUCCCUCAGCUAAUACAUGACUAUUCUCCUCUUGGGAAGUUUUGGCAACGUUACAACAAGGUUCAGCUUGACAGUUUGUGUCUGAAGCGAGAGAAAGGGCUUCUGUUACAGGAGAAUGAACAACUGAAGAUCAAUCUGCAGCAGUACAUGGAUGAACUUUCGGUCUCUGGGGAGAGUUUUCAGCAUCAAAAGCUUCCGGUGGCGUCUUCUUCUUCUACUCUACAGACCCCCGCUGCCACUGAGAGACGCGCUCAAAAGCGCCAUGUGCUCAAAAAAAAGCGCUAA